ACUACACCAAAAGGAAUAUGCCAAAACAAUUCCCCCAAUGAGAAGAAGUGUGUUUGUUUGUUUGUUUGUUAUAAUAAGAACAACAGAAUAAACUCAAACACCUUCCAUUCAUUCUUUCACUCAUUCACAGUACCUAUUCCAACUUCAUUGGAUUCUUUCUCUAUAAUCGAAUUCCUUCAUUUUUCACGAUUCUUAUGAAUAUGAAUGCUACUUCACUCUCUAUAAACCUUUCUACUUCAUCAUCAUACCCUUCAAUUAUUUCUCCUAGAUUUCAACGUUUUUCACCGUUACAAGCAAAACCCAUUAAUAUUUCUUGUAGAAAACCACGGUUCUGCUCUUUUCAAGGGUCGAAAACAGUGAAUUGUAGAAAAAGUUUUGUGCUUGAAGCUACUAACAUGGAUAAAGCAGAAGUUGAUUCGCAUGAUGAAGAAGAUAAGGAAGAGGGUACUUCUUCUUCUUCUUCUUCUUCUUCUUCUACUUCGGUUGACUCUGAAAAUGAGAGGAAUUCAAGACCUCGUCGAAUUGCUCUCUUUGUUGAGCCUUCUCCUUUUGCAUAUGUAUCAGGAUACAAAAACCGGUUUCAGAAUUUUAUCAAAUGUCUUCGAGAAAUGGGAGAUGAGGUGCUGGUUGUGACAACGCAUAAAGGAGUGCCCCAAGAAUUUUAUGGAGCCAAAUUAAUAGGAUCUUGGAGCUUUCCCCUCCCUUGGUAUCAGAACGUACCCCUCUCUUUGGCACUCAGUCCAAGAAUAAUUUCAGAGGUAGCUCGGUUCAAACCUGACAUAAUACAUGCAUCAUCACCAGGCAUAAUGGUUUUUGGUGCUCUUAUCAUUGCAAAACUUUUGUCUGUUCCAAUUGUCAUGUCCUAUCAUACCCAUGUACCAGUAUACAUUCCAAGAUAUACCUUUAGUUGGCUGGUGAAACCGAUGUGGUUGGUCAUAAAAUUUCUUCACAGAGCAGCUGACUUGACUCUGGUGCCAUCUGUUGCCAUUGGUAGGGAUCUUCAAGCGGCUAGAGUAACAGCAGCUAACAAGAUCCGUCUUUGGAACAAAGGUGUUGAUUCUGAAAGUUUCCAUCCACGAUACCGUUCACAUGAAAUGCGAUUAAGACUAAGCAAUGGUGAACCUGAAAAACCCUUGAUAGUUCAUGUUGGACGGCUUGGAGUUGAAAAGAGUUUAGGUUUUAUCAAAGGGGUAAUGGAUAAGCUUCCUGAAGCUCGAGUUGCUUUCAUCGGAGAUGGACCGUACAGGGAGGAGCUAGAGAAUAUGUUUGAAGGUAUGCCUGCAGUAUUCACAGGAAUGUUAGGAGGGGAAGUACUCUCUCAAGCAUAUGCUAGUGGAGAUGUAUUUAUCAUGCCUUCAGAGUCAGAAACACUUGGAUUCGUUGUUUUGGAGGCCAUGUCUUCGGGGAUACCUGUGGUGGCAGCACGCGCUGGAGGCAUUCCAGAUAUAAUUCCUGCGGAUCAAGAAGGUAAAACCGGCUAUCUCUAUAAUCCAGGUGAUCUUGAAGACUGCUUGAGUAAAUUGAAACCCCUUUUGUUCGACAAAGAGUUGAGAGAAACCAUAGGAAAAGCUGCACGUAAUGAAAUGGAAAAAUUUGAUUGGAAGGCAGCCACGCGAAAAGUUCGAAAUGAACAAUACAAUGCUGCUAUUUGGUUCUGGCGUAAGAAAAGGGCGAUAUUAUUGAGACCCUUGCAAUGGAUCAGUAAACGUGUUUUCCCACCACCUCAAGUUAACUAUAGAUAAUGUAAGUAAACGUUCCAAGCUUAGGAUUGUUCCUUGCUUGGUUUGACUUAACAUAAGAGUUGUAUUUUUGAGAUAAUGCAUUCAUAUUUUCUGAAUAUAAUGCAGCUUAUAAUGUGAUGAGGUGUUGUUGCAACUUAUCAUAAUCUUGUAUCGGUGUAAAGUUGAUAAAUAUCAAAGCCUAAAUCCUUCAUGACCCUAUUCUAUCUAUUUUGUAUUUAAUUUCCCUA